AUGUCUGCAGUACAAUGCACCCGGCUAUUUACCAGAAACAUCCCUCAAGUGAGGCGACAACGCCAACUACAAAAAUCUCGCGUCACCCUCGUCGGGAGUCCAGCUCCAAGUCACAACCCUGCCAUUGACUCUGAAGUUCUACCGUAUCGACUGUACGAACUAUCCCUAAAGAAGAUCCGAAAAGAGGCCCACACGGCUGAGCCCGAUCUACGCCAUGUCAUUGCGGGCAUCACAAUGCAAAAAGUGGUUUCCAGUGCCGUGCAUGACGAUAUUCUACACAGAGUCGACUUGAUCGAAUCUGCCAAAUUACCUCGAAGACUGCCAAUCUUACCGGGAGCCGAUGAGCCUUGGGAAUCUGAAGAAAUCACAGAUCACACCGCAAAUCCGAAUGCGUGGGAUAUGGAAUCUCUCGAUCAAGCGCUUUGUGAGAUGGAACGCGCAAGCAAAAAAGGAAAAAUUGCGAAAAGUGUUUGUUUUAAAUUAAUUAGUGCGAUGUGA